ACACAUAAGCGGCAGGGCACUCGGGGACUGGCCCAAGCGCACAGACCAACACACACACACACACACACACGCAAACACAUACACACACACACUAACGCACACAGUCCUUUCACACACCUCACACACGCGCCCUCCCCUCUCCCAGCAAGGCACCCUGCGCGACCUCUCACCAUUGGCCAAGUCCCGAAGCCCUCAGCAUCUCCAUCACGGCUGCAGGGGCCAUUCGGGAAAGCAGGAGACAGAGGUGGACAACAGUAUGAGGAUGCUUGUGCGGCUCGUGUUCGGACUCUUUGUCCUCAAAGCAGUGGUGGCUGGUCCCAGAUUUUCCCGACAGGUGGACGCAUACGACAACUAUGAUGUGGAUCUAGACAACUUAAAUUUGGAGACCUAUGAGUAUGAAGAUGGGCUUACAAUUGAUGAUCCUCAGAUAGAGAUUGGAACACUGCCCCCACCUGACUAUCACUACCCUGUGCCCGAGGCCCCAUAUGAAGAACAAGUAGAAGAGGAGGAAGAGGAGCAGGAGUUGCCUAUAACCCCCCGGCUCAUCCCUCAGGGUUCAGGGGGAUCCGGGGAUCUCAUGGGCCCAAACACACAGAAAGAGGUGGAGCUGCAUCUGACGCCCAUUGACAUCCUUCCCGUGCCCGGUGAUUUUGGGGGCUCCGUAGGGUCCGGAACCUCGGGGGCUUCUGGGACUUCUGGGGCUUCUGGGUCAGGAGGCUCAGGGGACCUGCUGGUCUCCAGUGGCUCUGGGGGUUCCGGUGACAAUAUCCUGAUCUCGGGAGCCUCCGAGGAGCUUGUGAGCUCUGGGGGUUCCGGUGACAUUAUCCUGAUCUCGGGAGCCUCCGAGGAGCUCGUGAGCUCUGGGGGUUCCGGUGACAAUAUGCUGAUCUCGGGAGCCUCCGAGGAGCUCGUGAGCUCUGGGGGUUCCGGUGACAUUAUCCUGAUCUCGGGAGCCUCCGAGGAGCUCGUGAGCUCUGGGGGUUCCGGUGACAUUAUCCUGAUCUCGGGAGCCUCCGAGGAGCUUGUGAGCUCUGGGGGUUCCGGUGACAUUAUCCUGAUCUCCGGAGCCUCUGAGGAGCUUGUGAGCUCUGGGGGUUCCGGGGACAAUAUCCUGAUCUCGGGAGCCUCCGAGGAGCUUGUGAGCUCUGGGGGUUCCGGUGACAUUAUCCUGAUCUCCGGAGCCUCUGAAGAGCUUGUGAGCUCUGGAGGAUCUGGGGAAUUCUUGGUAUCUGGGGAUAUCCUGAUAUCUGGGGAUCUCUCGGGGUCCGGGGAUAUUUCUGGAGCCUCCGGGGACCUCGGCUCUGGGGUUUCCACUGAAUUCCCGCUGGGCUCCGGAGAGUCUGGGGACCAGUCUGGUUCUGGGUUCUCUGGAGAUCUCUUGACCUCAGGGACCUCCGGAAGCUCUGGGCUUUCUGGGGACUCUGGUGAGUCUGCUGACUCAGGGAUAACAUUGUUAUCUGGAGAGGAGGAGCUGCCCCUCAUUUCUGAGCCGACCCCUAGCGAGGCGUCAGGUGCUCCAGAGUUCUCAGGAGCUUCAGGAACCUCAGGGGCCUCUGGGGAUCUCGGAGCCUCUGGAGAAUUAGAGUUCUCUGGAUCCCCUGGGGCAUCAGGUGUCUCUGGCUCUGGAGAGAAAGAGGUCCCUGAGGUCACUCUUGUCCCUGACACUGAGAAAGAGGAGGGGCUGCUUCCAGUGACACCAGAAACCCCUCAGGAGGGUGCUGGCGGUGUGGAAGAGUCAGGGAGCUCAGGGGAGCCUGACGAGCCCGAAGAGCCUGUGAUUGACCGGACAGGUAUGCCCACGUGCCUGCUGUGCACAUGCCUCGGCGGUUCGGUCUACUGCGAUGACUUGAAGCUAGGGAGUGUUCCGCCUCUUCCCAAAGAUACCACUCAUUUCUACGCCCGCUACACCGAAUCACCAAGAUCAACAAGUCCUGACUUCGCCUUCAUGAAUAAGCUGAAGAGGAUCGACCUGACCGCCAACGAGAUAACGUCCAUCGACGAGAGGGCCUUUUUGGGUCUGCCCGAGCUGGAGGAGCUGGUGAUUCGAGAGAACCACAUCUCACAGCUGCCCGCCCUCCCGGAGACAAUGAGCCUGAUCGACGCCAGCCACAAUGACAUCGGCAGCAAGGGCGUCCACCAAGAGGCGUUCAAAGACAUGACGGGCCUGCUGUACCUGUACCUAACGGACAACCACAUCGAUUACAUCCCUGUGCCUCUACCGUACAGCCUAAGGUCUCUACACCUACAGCGUAACAACAUUCAAAUGAUGCACGGGGACACAUUCUGCAACCUGAAAGAUUUCAACUACAUCAGGAACGCACUGGAGGACAUCCGUCUGGACGGCAACCCCAUCAACCUCAGCAGGACCCCGCAGGCCUACGUGUGCCUGCCCCGGAUCCCCAUCGGGAACCUCAUUUAACCACACCGACCCCCUCGAAUGCAACCACAUGCACAAAUGCUUGUACAUAUUGACACACGCGCGCAACAUCCGCCGCUCCUCAAACAGUCGAUUCAAUUUCAGUUCCAAGCGGCCACGCACGCUGCAGGCUUACACCACACGGAUCAGUUAACUGAUUUAUACUCUGGAAAAACAUCCACAAAUUAGUCAGAUUCUGGCAAUACAUCGCUCUACUUCACAACGCAAGCACACCUACGGACACACAAACACGUACGCGCAAGAAGUCGCUCAAAAGCCAAACCGUUCCGCAACUUGAUUAAACGAAAACAGUGGGUGGCAUUUUGGAGAAAUGCGUUUAUUAUAUAAAACCUCAAAUGGCAUGUAUGUGUCGGUUUAAUGUCUGUUCAUGACUGGCGAAAAAAAUUAAAAAAAACAGUAAUAUUGUUUAAAUGUUUGUUUUGUAAAAAUAAUAGUAUUAAUAUUAUUGAAAAAAACACUUUUGGAAAUGUAUACUAGCACAAAGUUAUUGAAGCUGGAGCUUAAUGGAGGGUAAAUUGAUGAUAAUGCAAUAAAAAACGCAUUUAAACACAA